AUGGAAUCUCAGAUUUGUAAGCCCUGCAGGAUGGUACCCAAAAUAUAUAAAAGCCAGAGGAUAGAAUCCAAGAGAAGGAUGUCCAACAAGAAGACUUGGGAUGAAGAAAUGAUAGAAUUAUUCUGUGACUACGAUCCAGCAUCUCCUCCACGUAGAAUUAGGGCCCCUAGAGAAACCGAAGCCAGGCUGUUCAGAAUUUGGGAUGUGAGCCAGAAGUUCUUGAUCCUGAUGAACAAUAUUCUAGUGGCAACAUCCCGAGAUUCCAUGACUCCAGAAGAACUUUUGGCUGUGCUUCCCAACAACUCACUCGAUCCAAGUCUGCAACCCAUCUUUAUGGGCCUCAGUGAUAAAACCCAUGCGCUCUCCUGUAUGGAAUCUGGUGAUGGCGAACUUUUGCUAAAUUUAGUGGAGAGAAACAUUUUGGACCUUUAUUCAAGCCACAAAGAAUCCAAGAGCUUCACUUUCUACAGCUGAUCUAAUAACCAGGAACAGACCUGCUGCUUCGAAUCCGCAGCGUUUCCCGGAUGGUUCAUGAGCACUUCCACCGAAAUAAACAAGCCUAUCCGCUUGAGUCGUGAAGGAGGGCCCGAUAUCACAAAUUUCUAUUGUGAGAGAAAGGACCCUUCAGACUAGAAUGGAACGUUUUGUAUCGGAAAUUAAAGA